GGCUCAGUUGUCCCUGCCAUUCGUCUCCCCCCGCCCCGAUACACGCCGGCCGUCGGCAGGGGGCAAGCCACUGCUGCCGUUGCUUCAGCUUCACUGCCCACGCCGCCCCUCACCCGCCUCCCUUCCUCUCCCAGCCGCCCAAACCAAGCCAAACCCUAGAGGACGCCCGGAAAGUGGCCUCGGAUCUCGUCGCAGAUUUGAUCCGCUCCACCCCCAAUCUCUCUCGAUUCCAUCCCAAUCCCUCCGUCCGCGCUUGGAAUUCAGCUGCUCUCCUCCAUCCCACCCAAUUCACUUCAGGCUCCCUACCUACCAACGCCUAUGAACAUGGCCGCCGGGGGACCCAACGCCGACGGCAUGCUGGGUUUCAAGGAGGACGACGCCAUGAGAUUCAUCUUCGGCGACGACAUCAUGGCCAUGGACGACCACGGCGCCUUCGACAGAUCGCUCAUGGAGCUCCAAGUAUUCAAGGAGGUCUUCUGUGGGACGACCACGGCGCCUUCGACGUCCAUAUUUUCCCCUGCUCACUUCGGUGUACCGCACCAGCCUGCUGGUAUCACUGCUGCGCCACAGCCUCAAGUGCUUCGUAAUGAGCCAAAUGCUCCUCAUCAGAUGGAUGCCAAGGUGGAUCUCCAGCUCGAGGAGCAUUCAUAUCCUCAUGCUGAUCAAAAUGGGAUUGACCAGGCAUCUGCCGAGCCCGAUGCUGCGUUGCAGGGAUUCAUAGGUUACUGCCAGGCUGGACCCAAGUGUGCUACUCAUCUGCUCGGCCUCUGUGAUGGCCAACACCAAUUUUUCGGUGCUGCUGUCGUCGACAACAUUUUGGGUGUGCACACGCAAGGAACAACUCAAGACGUCAGAGCUGGAAUCUGCAAUGCGGUUGGGUUGGGUGGCAGCACCAGCACCAGCACCAGCGUGGUUGAUGACCCCAUGCCUUCCUACAUGGAAGCACUAGCGGAGAUCUCGGAAUUCCAAAGUGGGACUCUUCUUUCUGAUCCCUUUUUGCAUCAAUGGCUCAACGAUCAGCAACAAUUCCCAAGUGAUACGUGCUUAAGUUUUGAUCAAGGGCAGAUAGCUGACACUACUCAUAGUCAUCUCCUCUACACAAGUACAACGGAGGUAGGAGUAGAACAAUAUCCAUUUUCUAGCAAAGCAACUCGUGGUACUGCAACGGUACCUCAGCAAUCCCAAUAUUGGUUCAGCCCUGGUCAGUUUGCCGAGCUUGAGACCAUUUGGCAGGAUGCUACGCCUGAAGCUAACAUUAGUUCACUGGAUGAUGUUGAUGUUCAUGGAUGCAGCAGUCUACACUCUGGCUCGGCAGUUGUCGGUUCCAAGAAGAUGUUAGGCAGGGAUCUUCCUGACCAGCUGGAAGCACACGCACAUCGCCUUUUCAAGGAUGCUGGAUGGACUAUCAAGCCACGGAAAAGGAAUGACAGGGCUAAGAUGGCAUCCUAUUUCACAGCACCAAACAGGGAAGCGGUUCAUACCUCACUAACUCAGGCUUGGAAGUUUUGUGGCAAGAAAUUACAUGAAGCUUCCGCAGAUUCUGAAAGGGGAAGGUAUCCAAAGGAGUGGUCAGAUGUUGAUGCAUUUUGGAAGGACCUCACGGAUACAAUGGCCUAUGUUGAUAAGAUGCUUGUGAACCAUCAGAAUGCACUCACGUUUCUUCAGCGCUGGCAGAUUUUAGACCCCUUCAUAGCUGUUGUGUUCAUCAGUAGGAAAAUCACAGCUCUGCAGCAACGUAAAACUCUUAGAGCUGUCGACAGUUCAACCUUUGUUCUUGAUGACAGCACGGACGUGUCAUCAGAAAGCAAGAACAUGCACAAAGCCAGUGAUUUAUUGGCCAGCCGAAUGAUUCAAUCUACUCCUGUAAUCACAGACUCUGAUUGCAGUACACUAGCAACUGAGAGCUACAACGGGCAUCAGACUUUACACAGUUAUCAUGAUGCGGAAGGCAGCAACGAUAGGGAUAUGAGCCCAAAGCUUUGUGGCACCAAGAUUCUGAAUUGUGAUGCAAGUGACCAAACAGAAAAUCAUGUUUAUGAAGGUGAUGAUGCAAGACAAAUUGUUGCUCGAACAAAGAUUGCUAAUAAUCCUGUAAAAAAGGUGAGGAAGAAGUCCAAAAGGAUAUCUGAUAUCGAUGCAACUGGACUAGACGGGUUGUAUUCUCAAAGCUUCACGCAACCUACCAUGGAAAAUGUGUUUAACCAUGAGGUCAAUGUAGCAACCAUGGUCAUGUCUGAUGCAGAAAACUUUAAUGCCUCUAAGGCACAUGGUAUGUGUUCGGGUGGUGGCACACUGAAAAAUUAUUUGAAAGCUGAAUCGAAAUCAGAAAAGCUAGAUGAAAAUGACCAAAGCAACAAGUGUGACAUGUUCCUGCCUUCAGAGAGCAAGCAACUGAGUAUGUUACAGAGUGAGAAGAGGAUCGAAGAACUUAGGGAAUGCAAUACAUUCUCAGAAACCCACUGUGCUGCAAGGGAGUUAGAUGCCACAGUGUCCUGCCCUGAUGACGAGGUCCAGAAACAGUUGCCUUCAUCCCGUGCACAAUCUUCCGAGGAUUCACAAAAUGGUCCAAUAGGCAAUACUGUUCCUGUUGAGUUAUCCCAUGAAUGUAAUGCUGCUGUUCUGGAAACUGAUCUAACCCUUGAGUUUCAAACCUGCAAGGAGAUCGCCACUAAAAGCAAACCUAAAGGUUGGGAGAAGUAUGUGAAGAAAAGACCUCGUGAGCUGCUGAUCAACGAUGAUGACCUUUUGAUCACAGCUAUAAUAAAAAACAAGGAUCUUGGCUCCCGUCAUAAAUUUGCUGCAGGCUUUUCAGGUGCAAAGAAGUUCAAGAAACUUAAGAGCCAAAAGAAAGGUAACAAGCUACUUUUGAGAACAGCUGGAAAAGCGGGCACUAACCUAUUGGGUGGGAAGAGAAUAAGCCUGGCUCGGAAAACCGUCAUCUGCUGGUUGAUUGCCACUGGCUUUCUUACUGUAAAAGAUGUUAUACAGUACCAGGAUCUCAAAAGCAAUAAAGUUGUAAAGGAUGGGCAGGUUACCUGGGAAGGAAUUGUUUGCAAUUGUUGCACAAAAACCUUCUCUGUAUCUGACUUCAAAGCUCAUGCUGGUUGCAGUUUGCCAAAGUCCUCGUUGGGCCUGUUUCUACAGUCCGGCAAGUCAUACACUUUAUGCCAGGUUGAGGCUUGGUCUGCUGAAUUUAUGAGCAGGAGCAAUGCAUGUGGUAAAAAAGUCGAGGCAAUAGAUGAAAAUGAUGACACCUGCGGUUUCUGUGGAGAUGGUGGUGAAUUACUGUGCUGUGACAAUUGCCCAUCAACAUACCAUCAAGCUUGCUUGUCUGCUAAGGAGCUUCCAGAAGGUAGUUGGUACUGCCAUAACUGCACUUGUCAGAUUUGUGGGAGAUCAGUUAGUGAAAAGGAGGUUUCGGCAUUCUCAGUUGUCUUCAAAUGUUUACAGUGCGGAGAUGCGUACCAUGACACUUGCAUUGAGCAAGAGAAGCUACCUUUCGAGGGUAAAAGAUCUGACACAUGGUUUUGUGGGAGAUAUUGUAAAGAGAUAUUCAUAGGACUACACAGUCAUGUUGGAGUUGAUAAUAUUCUUGACAAUGAGCUUUCAUGGUCCAUAUUGAGGUGCAACAGUGAUGGGCAGAAGCUAUAUUCUGUUCGGAGGAUCGCCCGUUUGACAGAGUGUAAUACGAAACUAGCAGUGGCUCUUACUCUAUUGGAGGAAUGUUUCACUCGUAUGGUGGAUCCUAGAACUGGUGUGGACAUGAUACCUCAUGUUUUGUACAACAAGGGAUCAAACUUUGCUCGUUUAGAUUAUCAGGGAUUCUAUACCGUAAUCCUGGAGAAAGGUGAUGAGAUUUUAUGUGUCGCUUCCAUCAGGGUACAUGGAACCAAAGCUGCUGAGCUGCCUUUUAUUGCUACUUCUGUAGACUAUCGACGGCAAGGGAUGUGCCAAAGACUAUUGUGCAUUAUUGAAAAGAUGCUGAGAUCAUUCCAUGUUAAGAUGUUGGUCCUUUCUGCCAUCCCACAGUUGGUUAGUACAUGGGUUUCAGGAUUUGGCUUCAAACCUAUUGAAGACGAUGAAAGGAAACAACUCCAUAAUGUAAACUUGAUGUUGUUUCCUGGAACGUCGUUACUAACAAAGAGAUUGGAUGGAGUUAUGGCUACCAAACCAGGUAAGGAAAAGGAUGUUCAUGAUGUUUCUGGAUUUCCUAAUGAUAACUUUAUACCUAAUGCGAAAGCAAGCGAGCAUCUUGAACUCCAUGACCUUGACUUGUCCGGGACAGAGUUUAAAGCUGAGAUUUCAGUGAGUGGUCCAUUCAGAACACUGAAACAUGAAUGUGGUUCAGCAGCAUGGUUUCGGUCUACUAAGUUAGCUGUUGGGGAAGUGUGAUAUUCUGAUGUAUUAAAUUCUGGUCUCUUGCUAUCCAUCGUUAUGGGUUGCUCUGCGUUGACCAAAUUGGUUUUUCCAGUUUACGGCUUAACUCAAUUUGUAACAGCAAAAUUGUACAGAAGCUUGCUGAUGUGUGCAGGCAACUAUUUACAGUUCUCAUCGGACGGCCAGGAAAUGGAUCAAAUGAACCAGAAAUCCAAGAAUUUUGAUUGAAUUGGAGAGAAUGCAAUUAAGCUAAGAGUCCAAGAAAUCACAGUAUAGCCUAGUCUGUUCUGUGUCUAGAACUGAAAGUUCAGAUGCCAUGCGAAACCCUAUUUGUCUCUCCUGGGUGAAGUGCUCUCCUGAGAUUGGGCGAUUGUGUAUGGUUAGUCUGAUUCUGAGACAGAAAUACCUUACAUAUGCAACACCUGAAUUAAGAUUACUUGCACAUCUGAAAUAGAGGAAAUAUUUGUACACCAUGGAGCUGUUAGUGUAUGAAGUGGAAUGCAUUCGACCCUUCUCUAAGUUCUUCAUGAUAGGAGGCUAUCUAAGCUGGAUGCUAGGCAUAAAAAAGGGGUAUUGAAGAAACAUGGUAAACUUUUUGAUCAAAGAGAUAAGGAUGAUAGCAUCUAUAUAACAAGCCAUCUAAUCUGUUUGAGGCAUGAGAAGAAGAAUACAGCAUGGGUCAGUCUGCCUGGAUAUUACAUGAGUGCCAUCUACUCUUUUCAUGGUAAUUCUACUGGGAUGCAUAUUUAAGUACAGAGCAACCAAACUGAUGUAAUCCGUCUGGAUAUGAGUACUGAUGGGUUCAUGCGAAGUAAGCCCCUUCACCACGAAGUUAGACGAGCAUGCCAUAUUUUGCUUGAUGCCAUCAGAUAUGUUUAUACCCCCUUUUCUUUUGAGUUUUGGGGGAAGUUCCUUUUCCAUAUGUAGUGUUGUUUGAUAUUUAGGUUAAGGUCACAACAAUCCCAGAUGGCAUUGUACAUGUAGGUGAUGCAUUGCCAUAGGUGCUGAGGUGGCCAUAAAUUGGUGUUAUAAUCCUUUGUCGGAUGAUUCAAAAGUCCAGUGGCGGAUUUGCCACUCGAGCAACUAGGGCCUUGCCCCUAGUCUUGGCCCAGUUGCGCCUUGGACCUGCUCCUAUUUUUUAUGUAGCUCAGCUCAACAAGCCCGGCAAGCCCAUUGAGCGGCCCUAGUCACCGGGCCAGCCCAGGACUGAUGGGGCUUUCUGCCGCAAAGCUGGUGUGGUCAUAGUUUGGCUAUGAUCUUCUCGAAUCCUCAUGGCUGCAGUGCAUUUCGUGCAUCAUUGGUGUGAUACAAACCUCAACAGCAGCGGCAGGGUGCGUAUGCAGAUUUGGUCAUCUGUGGCAGGACUCAGACUCUCACUACGUCUCUCGGCAGUUGCUGUAAGAAUCGAUCCAGUUCCAAAUUAUCCAAAGGUUUGACAGCAAUUGAGAAUGGGAAUGGGGGUUUAUAGGAUGGAGUUUGGGAUGAGACUUGGUAGAUUGCUUUUUAGUCCCAGUGCCUUGUUUGGCAAAAGUAAUGAGAAGUUGUAGAAAUUGAUUUGCAAUUUACAGAACAUGCUAACAAAAGUAGUGAUGACAGAGAUCUGAGAUGCAUCAUCUUUCUUUAGACAACAAUUCCCUGAAGUGGAGUUGUAUGCUCAGAUUCCCAACCCACAUGCCGUUGAAAUUUUACCCCCUCUGAUCAAUAAGCGAAACAAGUGGAGCUCCUCUCUUUGUCAUCUGUUUCGACUGAACAAAAGAAUUGUUACAGCAGCAGAACGAACAUCAAACUAUUUACGCAAUGUUCAUAUUGGCAAAAGAUGACAUGGAGUUCCCUCUUCCUCUAGUAUCAAAAGAAUUCGAGCAAGAGAUUAUUACAGAAAGGAAGCACACGUUCAUCUUGGCAAGAAUGAAAUUGAAAUGGGAAAGUAUAUUAGAGAAAAUUUGCACUAAUUCAUUCCGCAGGGGGACGAGGGCAAGAAACAGAAAUGAAGGGACAUUGAAAAGCAAAGGGAAAACAAGCAGCAGCAGCAGCAGCAGCAGCAGCUAAUAUGAUGACAUUCCAGGAGGAAGCUAGCUAGGUAGCCCGCCAGCAGAGAAGAGGUCGGACGGCGGCGGCGUCUGCUCCUGGGACUGGAGUGGCGCGAGGAGCUGCGACUUGCGUCGGGUAUCGCGGGAUGGCAAGGAAGUGCUUGGUCUUGGAGAUGAGACGGGAGCAGCGGAGCUCGCCGACCUUGAACUGCUUGUCGGGGUCGUGCGCCUGGUACUUGUUCUUGAUGCGCUCCCGGCGCUUCUUUUUAUUUUUAUUUGGUUGCACUGGGAUGGAUCCUCCGCGCUUCUGUCUGCCCUACAUCAACAUGCGUGGAAUAUCCUACAAAGCACUGAAACUAAUUGGAGUACGAAUCUAAUUGCUAGCCCAACAGACAGUGCAUGGUUCCAAUUCCCGUCUACAAUUCAGUUAGGUUUCUUCACACAAA